AUGGACUCUUCCAAGGACCAAAAGAACAACGAGGGCGAGAAGCAAUUCUCCAUCCAGCCCAUCAAGGAAAAGAUUGAGCCCGAACUCGCCGCGCACAAGGCCCACGGCCCUGCCAUUGUCCAAAAUAUUCCCGCCCAAGAAGGCACCAAGGAAGACCGCGCCGAGCGCAAGGCCGAGCUCAACAAAUAG